AUGGAUGAUUGGCAUAAUAUAGGAUCACCUGCGCUUCAUUCAUCUUCAUUAAAAUUACAAUGUUAUAAUGGAAAUUUACUUAAUGUUAAAGGUGAAUGUCAUGUUCAUAUUCAAUACAAAGAUAAACAUUAUGAUUUGCCAUUGAUUGUUAUUAAUGGUUCUAGUUCACCUCUUCUUGGCAUUCAAUGGAUUAAAAUGAUGUUACUCAAUUUAAAUGAUAUCGUUCAUGGACAAAAUCCUGCUCAAUCUUACGUUCACAAGAUUUAUGAUGCUGCAGCACUUAAUACAACAUUACAAAAAUAUAAACAAUUAUUGAAUAAAGAACUUGGCCAUUGCACUAAAGUUCAAGCUCAUAUCCAACUUAAACUUGAUGCGAUACCAAAAUUUUUUAAACCACGUCCAAUUCCAUUUGCAUAUUUAGAAUGUGUUAAAGAAGAAAUUCAACGAAACGUUGAAGCUGGUAUACUUGAACGCAUUGAUACUUCUCCUUGGCCAGCACCAAUAGUACCUGUUAAAAAACUAAAUGGUAAAGUUGGAACUUGUGGUGAUUUUAAAGUAACAAUUAAUCAUCAAAUGUUAAUUGAUCAACAUCCGAUUCCAUCGAUCGAUGAACUUCUUGUUCGACUUAAUAAUGGACAAAAAUUUACGAAACUUGAUUUGUCCGAUGCUUAUCUUCAAGUCGAUUAA